UUAUAUUUUCAAAAUGCUUCUUCACCUGUAAUGGAACAAUUAAUUUUUUUUCAUGAUCAUUCUAUAAUAAUUAUAGUAAUAAUUAUGGUAUUAGUAGGAUAUAUUUUAUUGAGAUCAUAUGUAAAUAAAAAUUAUAAUUUAGGAAUAUUUGAAGGACAAGAGUUAGAAAUAAUUUGAACAGUUCUUCCGGCUAUUAUUUUGCUUAUAAUUGCUUUCCCUUCAUUACGAUUAUUAUAUUUAAUAGAGGAAGUUGAAUCACCGGAAUUAACUGUAAAGGUGGUGGGUCAUCAAUGAUAUUGAUCUUAUGAAUAUAGAGAUUUGGGUUUAAGAAGUUUUGAUUCAUAUAUAGUUUCAAGAGAAGAUGAACCAAUAUUUCGAUUAUUAAAUGUUGAUAAUUGUUUGGUUAUUCCUUAUAAUACUAAUGUACGUAUAGUUGUAUCAAGAAUAGAUGUUAAUUCAUUCUUGAACAAUUCCGUCUUUAGGAAUGAAAACGGAUGCAAUUCCGGGUCGAUUAAAUCAAUUAUCAUUUUUAUUUAAUCGUAUGGGGUUGUUUGUAGGUCAAUGUUCGGAAAUUUGUGGAGUAAAUCAUAGAUUUAUACCUAUUAUGAUUUCUGUUGUUCCUCGGUUAGAAUUUUUAAUAGGAUGAAUAUAAUAUGGUGACCGAAUAAAGGUGUUAGUCUCUUAAAUUAAUUAUGAAUAAAAUAGUUAAAAUAAUAUUAGUUUGUCAAACUAAAGUUAAAGAGGGAUUCCUCAGUUAAUACCAUUGAGUUGAGAUUAUUCUAUUUUAAUAGUUUUAAUAAUUUUGAUAUUAAAAGUGAUGUUAUAUUCAAAUACAUCAUUACAUUUAAAUGUAAAGAAAGGUUUUAGAAAAAAGAAAUUAGGUUGAUGAUGAUAAGUUUAUUUUCUGUAUUUGAUCCUACUUCAUAUUUAGGAAUAUAUUUAAAUUUUAUUAUUUUGUUUUUAGUAAUAAUAUAUUAUCCAAUAAAGUAUUAUAUAAUUGAAAGAGGAUAUUAUAGAGUUUGGACUAUAAUUUCUGGAGAAUUAAAUAAAAUUUUUAAUGAAGUUUCAAGUCCUAAUUAUCGAGGAAUAGUAUUUAUUUGUGUUGUUACAUUUUUGUAUUUAGUUAUUAGAAAUAUAAUUGGUUUAUUUCCUUUUGUUUUUACUUCUACAGCUCACCCUAUAAUUACAAUAGGUUUAGGAUUAGUAUUUUGAGUUACUUUUUUUCUAAUAGGAUGAAGAAAAAGAUUCUAUAUUAGUGCAGCUCAUUUAGUUCCUGAAGGAAGACCAUUAUUAUUAGCUCCUUUAAUAGUUUUAAUUGAAAGAGUAAGACAUUUAAUUCGCCCAUUUACUUUAUCAAUUCGUUUAGCAGCAAAUAUAAUAGCAGGACAUUUAAUUGUAGGCUUGUUAUCAAUAAUUAGAAAAUUAAGAAUUUUUGGGUUUUCUUCAUCAUUGUUUUUACAAUCUAUAUUAUUAGUAUUGGAAUUUGGUGUCUCAGUAAUUCAAGGAUUUGUAUUUAGAAUUUUAAUAUUAUUAUAUGCUUUAGAAUAUUAUUAA